AGGGCGCGGGCGAGGAGGCGGUGCGCGGUGGGAGGGGCGGACGGCGCCCGGCUGCCACCGCUCAGAUCUGCUUCUCCCCGGCUCCGGGCGCCGAGGCGGCGUCCAGGAGGCGUCUUCUGCAAAGGUUGCCUGGCGCUGUCCAACAUGGAGGAGGCACCGGCAGCGGGCGUUACCUGCGAGCAGGACUAACUCCCUCCUGGCGUUCCGGGAGGCAGUGCCUGGUCCGGAGUGCGGGGACUCGACUGCCUGCACGCCCCGAGGCGGACCCCGGCUCUGACUGCUCCCCUGGCCGCGGGCUUCUCAACUAGGACGCGGCGCGAGGAGGGAGCGCGGCGGCCCCGAGUCUCCCUGAGCCAUGGGCAACGAGGCGAGCUUGGAAGGGGAAGGGCUCCCGGAAGGGCUGGCGGCGGCCGCAGCAGCCGGAGGAGGGGCUAGCGGGGCGGGGAGCCCCUCGCACACCGCAAUACCGGCCGGCAUGGAAGCGGAUUUGAGCCAGCUGAGCGAAGAGGAGAGGAGACAGAUCGCCGCUGUCAUGUCAAGGGCGCAGGGGCUGCCCAAGGGAAGCGUCCCCCCGGCCGCUGCGGAGUCGCCUUCCAUGCACAGGAAACAAGAGUUGGAUAGUAGUCAUUCUCCAAAGCAAUCAGGAAGACCCCCGGACCCUGGGCGUCCAGCUCAACCUGGUCUCAGUAAAAGUAGAACUACAGACACUUUCAGGUCAGAGCAGAAAUUGCCUGGGAGGAGCCCUUCCACUAUUAGCUUGAAAGAAUCAAAGUCCAGAACUGAUUUUAAGGAAGAACACAAAUCUAGUAUGAUGCCUGGCUUCCUCUCAGAGGUUAACCCUUUAAGUGCUGUCUCCUCUGUUGUAAAUAAAUUCAACCCUUUUGAUUUGAUAUCAGACUCUGAGGCAUCCCAGGAAGAAACCACCAAGAAACAAAAAGUGGUUCCGAAGGAGCAAGAAAAACCUGAGGGAAUCACAAAACCUCCGUCACAGCCACAGCCACCCAAGCCGGUUCCUAAGCAGCAAGGACCUGGUAGGGAUCCACUUCAGCAGGAUGGCCCUCCCAAAUCAAUAUCUUCUCAGCAACCAGAAAAAAUUAAAUCACAACCUCCAGGUACAGGAAAGCCAAUUCAGGGUCCUGCCCAGACUCCUCAGACAGACCAUGCAAAAUUGCCACUUCCACGAGAUGCAUCCAGGCCUCAGACUAAACAGGCAGACAUAGUAAAGGGAGAAUCAGUUAAACCCUCUCUGCAAAGCCCAUCCAAACCACCUAUUCAGCAACCAACUCCUGGAAAACCUCCAGCACAGCAGCCUGGACCUGAAAAAUCACAGCCUGGGCCUGCAAAGCCCCCAGCUCAGCCCCCAGGGCUAACAAAGCCACUGGCUCAACAACCAGGGACAGUGAAACCCCCAGUCCAGCCACCAGGGACAGCAAAGCCUCCAGCUCAGCCUCUUGGUCCUGCUAAGUCUCCAGCUCAGCAGACUGGGUCAGAAAAGCCUUCAUUGGAGCAGCCUGGGCCAAAAACUCUAGCUCAGCCUCCUGGAGUUGGGAAGACUCCAGCUCAACAGCCAGGGCCAGCAAAGCCUCCAACCCAGCAGGUGGGGACACCAAAACCCCUAGCUCAACAAUCUGGGCUACAGUCUCCAGCUAAGGCACCUGGGCCUACAAAGACUCCAGCUCAGCAGGCUGGGCCAGGAAAGAUUCCAGCUCAACAGGCAGGACCCGCAAAGCCUUCUGCCCAGCAGACUGGCCCAACAAGGCUUCCUUCACAACUGCCUGGUCCAGCAAAGUCCCCAUCUCAACAGCCUAGCUCAGCAAAGCCCCCACCCCAACAGCCUGGCUCAGCAAAGCCCCCACCCCAACAGCCUGGCUCAGCAAAGCCCCCAUCACAACAGCCUGGCUCAGCAAAACCCUCAGCUCAACAGCCUAGCCCAGCAAAGCCCUUGGCUCAGCAAUCUACAAAACCAGUAAGCCAAACAGGAUCAGGAAAACCUCUGCAGCCACCAACAAUGUCUCCAUCUGCAAAACAGCCUCUUUCACAAGGCCUCCCUAAAACCAUCUGUCCUCUUUGCAAUACCACUGAACUUCUGUUGCAUGUUCCAGAAAAGGCCAAUUUUAACACAUGCACUGAGUGUCAAACCACUGUCUGUAGCCUCUGUGGUUUUAAUCCCAAUCCUCAUUUAGUGGAGGUAAAAGAGUGGCUCUGUUUGAACUGUCAAAUGAAAAGAGCUCUAGGUGGGGAUCUGGCUCCAGUUCCAUCAUCACCCCAGCCCAAACCGAAGGCUGCACCUGUUACCGCUACAUCAGCAGUGAGCAAAUCAUCCCCACAGCCACAGCAGACUUCCCCAAAGAAGGAUGCUGCACCAAAACAGGAUCUCUCCAAGGUACCUGAGCCUAAAAAGCCACCACUAGUGAAACAACCAACCCUCCAUGGCUCUCCUUCAGCCAAGGCCAAGCAGCCUCCUGAGGCAGAUUCUUCAUCCAAGCCAGCCCCUCCCAAAGAACCUUCUGUCCCAUCUGAGCAGGACAAGGCCCCUGUUGCUGAUGAUAAACCAAAGCAGCCCAAGAUGGUAAAGCCAACCACAGACUUUGUAUCUUCAUCAUCAGCAACAACACCUGAUAUUCCAAGCUCCAAAGUACAGUCACAAGCUGAAGAGAAAACAACCCCUCCUCUAAAAACAGACUCUGCCAAACCCUCACAGAGUUUUCCACCAACAGGGGAAAAAGUCACCCCAUUUGAUUCUAAAGCCAUACCUCGACCUGCAUCAGAUUCAAAAAUUAUUUCACAUCCUGGUCCUAGUUCAGAGGGCAAAGGUCAAAAACAAGUUGACCCCGUACAAAAGAAGGAAGAGCCCAAGAAAGCACAAACCAAAAUGAGUCCUAAACCAGAUGCCAAGCCAAUGCCAAAAGGGUCACCAACACCCCCUGGCCCACGACCUACUGCUGGCCAAACUGUCCCCACACCUCAACAGCCCCCAAAGCCUCAGGAGCAGUCAAGACGUUUCAGUCUGAAUCUGGGAAGUAUUACUGAUGCCCCCAAAUCACAGCCUACAACUCCUCAAGAGACCGUGACUGGGAAACUCUUUGGGUUUGGAGCAUCAAUCUUCAGCCAGGCAUCAAAUUUAAUUUCCACUGCAGGUCAACCUGGACCUCAUUCACAAAGUGGACCAGGGGCCCCAACGAAACAAGCCCCUGCCCCUUCACAGCCACCUGCUUCACAAGGGCCACCCAAAUCCACAGGUCAAGCACCACCAGCACCUGCAAAAAUUAUACCUGUGAAAAAGGAAACAAAAGCCCCAGCAGCUGAAAAAUUAGAGCCCAAAGCUGAACAAGCUCCAACAGUAAAAAGAACAGAAACAGAAAAAAAGCCACCACUUAUGAAGGAUAGCAAAUCUUUAACAGCUGAGCCUCAAAAGGCUGUCCUUCCCACAAAACUGGAGAGAUCUCCCAAACCACAACCAACCUGUCCUGUCUGCAAAACUGAACUCAAUAUAGGUUCUAAGGAUGCUCCUAACUUCAAUACUUGCACUGAAUGCAAGAAUCAAGUGUGUAAUCUCUGUGGAUUUAACCCUACACCACAUUUGACUGAGAUUCAAGAAUGGCUCUGUUUAAAUUGCCAAACCCAGAGAGCAAUAUCAGGACAGCUUGGAGACAUAGGCAAAAUGCCACCUGUGCCAUCAGGACCCAAAGCAUCUCCCAUGCCUGUUCCUACAGAAUCACCAUCUCAGAAAACAGCAGUGCCUCCCCAAGUAAAAUUAGUGAAAAAGCCAGAACAAGAAGUAAAAACAGAAGCUGAAAAAGUAAUUCUGGAAGAAGUAAAGGAAACACUAUCAAUGGAAAAAAUUCCUCCUAUGGUAGCCACAGAUCAAAAACAAGAAGAGAGUAAACUAGAGAAAGACAAAGCUUCAGCUCUUGAAGAAAAAAAGCCACUCCAUGAAGGAAAAAAACUAAUCUCUGAAGAAGAAAAGGUAUGUUCUGAAGAAAAAAAGCAACUCCUAGAAGAAAAAAAGCCAACCCCUGAAGACAAAAAGCUACUCCCAGAGGCAAAAGCAUCAGCCCCAGAAGAACAAAAACAUGACUUACUUAAAUCUCAAGUACAAAUUGCUGAAGAAAAGCUUGAAGGCAGAGUGGCUCCAAAGACAGUGCAAGAAGAGAAACAACCGCAGACCAAGAUGGAAGAUUUACCAUCUGGCACACCUCAGAGUUUACCUAAAGAAGAUGAUAAGACAACCAAAACAAUAAAAGAACAGCCACAGCCAUUGUGCACAGCAAAACCUGAUCAGGUGGAACCUGGGAAAGAAAAAACAGAAAAGGAAGAUGACAAAUCAGACACCUCAAGUUCUCAGCAGCCUAAAAGCCCCCAAGGUCUGAGCGACACGGGAUAUUCUUCUGAUGGAAUAUCAAGCUCACUUGGUGAAAUUCCAAGUCUUAUUCCAACUGAUGAAAAGGAUAUUCUCAAGGGACUCAAAAAGGACUCUUUUUCACAAGAAAGCAGCCCUUCCAGCCCCUCAGAUUUGGCUAAAUUAGAAAGUACAGUCCUAUCUAUUUUGGAAGCUCAAGCAAGUACACUUGUUGAUGAAAAGUCAGAAAAGAAAACACAACCCCAUGAAGUUUCUCCUGAGCAGCCUAAAGACCAACAGAAAACUCAGAGUGUGUCUGAAACCUUGGAAAUUACUAUUUCAGAAGAGGGGAUCAAAGAAAGUCAAGAAGAAAGGAAAGACACUUUUAAAAAAGAUACCCAGCAAGAUAUUCCUUCCAGCAAGGACCAUAAAGAAAAGUCUGAGUUUGUUGAUGACAUAACUACUAGAAGAGAGCAUUAUGAUUCAGUUGAAGAGAGUAGUGAAAGUGAAAACUCACCUGUUCCACAAAGAAAACGAAAAACUAGUGUUGGCUCAUCAAGCAGUGAUGAGUAUAAACAGGAAGACAGCCAAGGAUCAGGGGAAGAGGAGGACUUCAUUCGAAAACAAAUCAUAGAAAUGAGUGCUGAUGAAGAUGCUUCAGGUUCUGAAGAUGAUGAGUUCAUCAGGAACCAGCUCAAAGAGAUUAGUAGUAGUACUGAGAGCCAGAAGAGGGAAGAAACCAAGGGAAAAGGCAAAAUAACAGCAGGGAAACACAGACGACUGACUCGAAAAAGUAGCACAAGCAUUGAUGAUGAUGUAGGAAGACGUCACUCAUGGCAUGAUGAAGACGAUGAAGCAUUUGAUGAAAGUCCUGAACUUAAAUACAGAGAAACUAAAAGUCAGGAAAGUGAAGAACUUGUAGUUGCUGGAGGAGGAGGGCUACGCCGAUUUAAAACAAUUGAGCUCAACAGUACAAUAACAGAUAAAUAUUCUGCAGAGUCAUCACAGAAAAAAACAAGUUUGUAUUUUGAGGAAGAGCCAGAAUUAGAAAUGGAAAGCCUGACAGACUCACCUGAAGAUAGGUCAAGGGGAGAGGGGUCUUCGAGUCUGCAUGCUUCCAGCUUCACUCCUGGUACAUCCCCUACAUCAGUAUCAUCACUUGAUGAGGACAGUGACAGUAGCCCGAGUCACAAAAAAGGAGAGAGCAAACAGCAACGCAAAGCUCGGCACAGAUCACAUGGCCCUCUUUUGCCUACUAUUGAAGAUUCUUCAGAGGAAGAAGAAUUGAGAGAAGAAGAAGAAUUAUUAAAGGAGCAAGAAAAGCAGAGGGAAAUAGAACAGCAACAAAGAAAGAGUUCUAGUAAAAAAUCGAAGAAAGACAAAGACGAACUUCGAGCUCAGAGAAGAAGGGAAAGGCCAAAGACACCACCUAGUAAUCUCUCUCCCAUUGAAGAUGCAUCUCCAACAGAAGAGUUACGUCAGGCUGCAGAAAUGGAGGAGCUCCAUAGAUCUUCUUGUUCUGAAUAUUCACCUAGCAUAGAAUCAGACCCAGAAGGUUUUGAAAUAAGCCCGGAAAAAAUAAUAGAAGUACAAAAAGUUUAUAAAUUGCCCACAGCUGUGUCAUUAUACUCACCAACAGAUGAGCAAUCUAUUAUGCAGAAAGAAGGUAGCCAAAAGGCGUUAAAAAGUGCUGAGGAGAUGUAUGAAGAAAUGAUGCAUAAAACACACAAAUACAAAGCUUUUCCAGCUGCAAAUGAACGAGAUGAAGUGUUUGAAAAAGAGCCUUUGUAUGGUGGAAUGCUAAUAGAGGAUUAUAUUUAUGAAUCUUUAGUAGAAGACACGUACAAUGGAUCUGUAGAUGGCAGCCUGCUAACAAGGCAAGAAGAAGAAAAUGGAUUUAUGCAGCAGAGAGGAAGAGAGCAAAAGAUAAGACUUUCAGAACAAAUUUAUGAAGAUCCUAUGCAGAAAAUUACAGACCUCCAGAAAGAGUUUUAUGAGUUAGAAAGCUUACAUUCUGUUGUGCCUCAGGAAGAUAUUGUUUCAAGCUCUUUUAUCAUCCCAGAAAGCCAUGAGAUAGUGGACCUGGGUACUAUGGUAACUUCUACAGGAGAAGAAAAGAAACUACUAGAUGCUGAUGCUGCCUAUGAGGAACUUAUGAAGAGGCAACAGAUGCAGUUAACACCUGGAUCUAGCCCAACCCAGGCCCCCAUCGGUGAGGAUAUGACAGAGUCCACCAUGGACUUUGACAGAAUGCCUGAUGCAUCUUUGACAUCAAGUGUUCUCUCAGGAGCAUCUCUUACAGAUUCGACCAGCAGUGCAACACUGUCUAUCCCAGAUGUUAAAAUAACCCAACAUUUUUCAACAGAAGAAAUUGAGGAUGAAUAUGUAACCGAUUAUACAAGAGAAAUUCAAGAGAUAAUUGCCCAUGAAUCGCUGAUUUUGACCUACUCGGAGCCUUCAGAAAGUGCUACAUCUGUCCCACCCUCUGACACACCUUCUCUCACAUCAUCUGUUUCCUCGGUCUGUACCACAGAUAGCUCUUCACCCAUUACUACCCUGGAUAGCAUAACCACAGUUUAUACAGAACCAGUGGACAUGAUAACUAAAUUUGAGGAUUCUGAGGAAAUUUCUUCAUCAACUUAUUUUCCAGGCAGCAUUAUAGACUACCCGGAAGAAAUAAGUGUAUCUUUAGAUCGGACUACCAUAUCAGAUGGUAGAGCUAGUGCUGAUCAUAUUAUUUCCUUAUCCGAUAUGGCAUCUUCUAUCAUAGAAUCUGUAGCACCUAAACCUGAAGGGCCAGUUGCUGACACUAUUUCUACUGACUUAUCUAUAGCUGAAAAGGACCCAGUGAAGAGCGCCAAGAAGGAAACUGGGAAUGGAAUCAUUCUGGAAGUUUUGGAAGCUUACAGAGAUAAAAAGGAGUUGGAGGCCGAACUAACAAAAAGUAGCUUCUCUGAAACUGUGUUUGAUCACCCACCUUCUUCUGUAAUAAUCCUUCCAAUGAAAGAGCAGCUUUCAACUACGUACUUUACAUCUGGAGAGACCUUUGGUCAGGAAAAACCUGUGUCUCAGUUACAAUCUGGCAGUCCUUCUGUUUCCUCUCUUCCAACUAAACCUCGCCCAUUCUUUAGAAGUUCUUCGUUGGACAUAUCAGCUCAACCUCCUCCCCCUCCUCCCCCUCCCCCUCCUCCUCCUCCUCCACCACCGCCACCUCCUCCCCCACCACUUCCUCCACCAACUUCACCUAAACCAACUAUUCUUCCUAAAAAAAAGUUAACAGUUACAGCUCCAGUGACUACAGCUACACCUCUGUUUGAUGCUGUUACUACUGUAGAGACCACAGCUGUUCUGAAAAGUAGUGGAUUACCUGUUACAAGAAUAUGUACCACCGCACCUCCUCCUGUUCCUCCUAAGCCAUCUUCAAUUCCAUCUGGACUUGUAUUUACCCACAGGCCUGAGCCAAGCAAACCUCCAAUCGCCCCCAAACCAGUGAUUCCUCAGAUUCCAGCAACUACACAAAAACCAACAGAUAUACACCCCAAACCAACAGGCCUAUCUUUAACUUCAAGUAUGACCUUAAAUUUAGUGACUUCAGCAGAUUAUAAAUUGCCUUCCCCUACCUCCCCACUUUCCCCACACUCCAACAAGUCCUCACCAAGAUUUUCCAAAUCCCUCACGGAAACUUAUGUAGUUAUUACAUUGCCAUCUGAACCUGGGACUCCGACAGAUGCUUCUGCUAGUCAAGCAAUUACCAGUUGGCCCUUGGGAUCACCCUCCAAAGAUCUGGUUUCUGUUGAACCUGUGUUUUCUGUAAUUCCUCCUAUGACAGCUGUAGAAGUUCCAAGUUCAUCAGAACAGACCUUCUAUAUCUCUGGAGCUUUACAGACAUUUUCUCCUACCCCUGUCACAGCACCCUCUUCAUUUCAAGCAACUGCCAUGUCAGUUACACAGUUUGUCACUACUGAAGUUUCCAAGACUGAGGUUUCAGCAACCGGAAGUACAGCUCCUAGUGUUGGUCUCAGCAGCAUUUCCAUAACAAUUCCUCCAGAGCCUCUUGCUCUAGAUAACCUACAUUUAGAGAAGCCUCAGUAUCAAGAAGAUGGAAAAUUGCAACUUGUUGGUGAUGUAAUUGAUUUGCGUACAGUACCAAAGGUAGAAGUUGAAACAACUGAUAAAUGUAUUGAUCUUUCUGCUUCUACAAUGGAUGUGAAAAGGCAGAUCACAACAAAUGAAGUUUAUGGGAAACAAAUUAGUGCUGUCCAACCCUCUAUUAUAAAUCUUAGUGUAACAUCAUCAAUAGUGACUCCUGUAUCUCUGCCCACUGAGACAGUGACCUUUGUCACAUGCACAGCUAGUGCAAGUUACACUACAGGCACAGAAAGCCUAGUGGGUGUAGAACGUGCAAUGACAACACCACUCCAGCUUACAACAUCAAAGCAUGCUGAGCCCCCAUACAGGAUACCAAGUGACCAGGUCUUUCCUAUAGCUAGGGAAGAAGCGCCGAUAAACUUAUCUCUAGGUACUCCAGCACAUGCAAUGACAUUGGCUGUUACAAAACCUGUCACUGCGCCUCCUGUUGGUGUCACAAAUGGAUGGACUGAUAGCACCAUAUCCCAGGGGAUCACUGAUGGGGAAGUAGUGGAUCUCAGUACAACCAAGUCUCAUAGAACAGUCGUAACAAUGGAUGAGUCUACUUCAAGUGUGAUGACCAAAAUAAUAGAAGAUGAUGAAAAACCCGUUGACUUAACAGCAGGGAGAAGAGCUGUGUGCUGUGAUGUGGUUUAUAAAUUACCGUUUGGAAGGAGCUGCACAGCACAGCAGCCUGCAACUACUCUUCCUGAGGAUCGUUUUGGUUAUAGGGAUGACCACUAUCAGUAUGAUCGAUCAGGGCCAUAUGGUUAUAGAGGGAUUGGGGGAAUGAAGCCUUCCAUGUCUGACACAAAUUUAGCAGAAGCUGGACAUUUUUUCUAUAAAAGUAAGAAUGCUUUUGAUUAUUCUGAAGGAACUGACACAGCAGUAGAUCUGACUUCAGGGAGAGUUACUACAGGUGAGGUAAUGGAUUAUUCAAGCAAGACUACAGGUCCAUAUCCAGAAACACGACAAGUCAUUUCAGGAGUUGGGAUUAGUACCCCACAGUAUUCCACAGCAAGAAUGACACCACCGCCAGGACCCCAGUAUUGUGUGGGGAGUGUUUUGAGGUCAUCUAAUGGUGUUGUCUAUUCUUCAGUAGCAACUCCGACACCCUCUACCUUUGCUAUCACCACACAACCCGGCUCCAUUUUCAGCACCACAGUGAGGGAUUUGUCUGGUAUUCAUACAACUGAUGCAGUGACUUCAUUACCUGCCCUGCACCAUAGCCAGCCAAUGCCUAGAUCGUAUUUUAUAACAACAGGUGCAUCUGAAACGGACAUUGCAGUAACUGGUAUUGAUAUCAGUGCCAGCUUGCAAACUAUUACUAUGGAGUCUCUUACUGCUGAGACAAUAGACUCUGUUCCCACUUUAACCACAGCAUCUGAAGUGUUUCCUGAAGUGGUGGGAGAUGAAAGUGCUCUUUUGAUUGUCCCUGAAGAAGAUAAACAACAGCAGCAGCUAGACUUGGAGCGUGAGCUCCUGGAGCUGGAGAAAAUAAAGCAACAGCGCUUUGCUGAGGAAUUGGAGUGGGAACGUCAGGAAAUUCAAAGAUUCCGAGAACAAGAAAAGAUCAUGGUUCAGAAAAAGUUGGAGGAGCUGCAAUCUAUGAAGCAACACCUUCUCUAUCAGCAAGAAGAAGAGCGGCAAGCCCAGUUCAUGAUGAGGCAGGAGACGUUAGCUCAGCAACAGUUACAGCUUGAGCAGAUCCAACAGCUGCAACAACAGCUUCACCAGCAGCUGGAGGAGCAAAAGAUUCGGCAGAUCUACCAGUAUAACUAUGACCCUUCUGGAACUGCUUCUCCACAAACCACUACAGAGCAGGCAAUUUUGGAAGGUCAGUAUGCUGCCCCAGAAGGCAGUCAGUUUUGGGCAACUGAAGAUGCAACCACUACAGCUUCAGCUGUUGUGGCAAUUGAAAUACCACAAAGCCAAGGAUGGUACACCGUUCAGUCUGAUGGUGUUACUCAGUACAUUGCCCCACCUGGUAUCCUGAGCACUGUUUCAGAAAUACCUCUAACAGAUGUUGUUGUAAAAGAGGAAAAACAGCCCAAAAAGAGAAGUUCUGGAGCUAAAGUCCGAGGACAGUAUGAUGAAAUGGGAGAAAAUAUGGCAGAUGAUCCCCGAAGUUUUAAAAAGAUAGUGGACAGUGGUGUACAAACGGAUGACGAAGAUGCCACAGAUCGGAGCUAUGUGAGUAGGAGAAGGAGAACUAAAAAGAGUGUGGAUACAAGCGUCCAAACUGAUGAUGAAGAUCAGGAUGAGUGGGAUGUGCCUACUAGAUCAAGGAGGAAAGCUCGUGUAGGGAAAUAUGGUGACAGCAUGGCAGAGGCUGACAAGACCAAACCCCUUUCCAAAGUCUCCAGCAUAGCAGUUCAAACGGUAGCAGAGAUAUCUGUGCAAACUGAACCAGUUGGAACCAUAAGAACACCCUCCAUACGGGCACGAGUGGAUGCCAAGGUAGAAAUAAUUAAACACAUUUCAGCACCUGAAAAGACUUACAAAGGGGGCAGUUUAGGAUGUCAAACAGAAGCAGAUUCAGACACACAAAGUCCUCAAUACCUGAGUGCCACAUCUCCACCCAAAGACAAGAAACGCCCAACACCUUUAGAGAUUGGUUAUUCAUCUCACCUCCGGGCAGAUUCCACAGUACAGCUGGCUCCUUCCCCACCCAAAUCCCCCAAAGUCCUUUAUUCACCCAUCUCACCACUUUCACCAGGCAAAGCCUUAGAAUCAGCCUUUGUACCUUAUGAAAAACCCCUCCCUGAUGAUAUAAGUCCACAGAAAGUACUGCAUCCAGAUAUGGCUAAAGUUCCCCCAGCAAGUCCUAAGGCAGCCAAGAUGAUGCAGCGUUCUAUGUCUGACCCCAAGCCUCUGAGUCCAACAGCAGACGAAAGUUCCAGGGCUCCUUUUCAGUAUACCGAGGGCUAUACGACUAAAGGUUCUCAAACCAUGACACCCUCUGGAGCCCAGAAAAAAGUUAAAAGAACUCUGCCAAAUCCACCUCCUGAGGAGAUUUCCACAGGAACUCAAUCCACAUUCAGCACAAUGGGCACAGUUUCCAGGAGAAGGAUCUGCAGAACCAACACAAUGGCACGAGCCAAGAUUCUCCAGGACAUAGACAGAGAGCUUGAUCUUGUGGAAAGGGAAUCUGCAAAGCUUAGAAAGAAACAAGCAGAGCUUGAUGAAGAAGAAAAGGAGAUUGAUGCCAAGCUACGAUACCUGGAAAUGGGAAUUAACAGGAGGAAAGAGGCAUUAUUAAAGGAGAGAGAAAAGAGAGAACGAGCUUACCUCCAGGGAGUAGCUGAGGAUCGUGAUUACAUGUCUGACAGUGAAGUAAGUAGCACAAGACCAGCCCGAAUAGAAAGUCAGCAUGGCAUUGAGCGACCAAGAACUGCUCCCCAAACUGAAUUCAGCCAGUUUAUACCACCACAAACCCAAACAGAAUCUCAACUAGUUCCUCCGACAAGUCCUUACACACAAUACCAAUACUCUUCCCCUGCUCUUCCUACCCAAGCACCCACCUCAUACACCCAACAGUCUCAUUUUCAGCAACAAACUUUGUACCAUCAGCAAGUUUCACCUUAUCAGACUCAGCCAACAUUCCAAGCUGUGGCAACAAUGUCCUUCACACCUCAAGCUCAACCUACGCCAACCCCACAGCCUUCUUAUCAGUUACCUUCACAGAUGAUGGUGAUACAACAGAAGCCACGGCAAACUACAUUAUAUUUGGAGCCCAAGAUAACCUCAAACUAUGAAGUGAUUCGCAACCAACCCCUUAUGAUAGCACCUGUUUCUACUGAUAACACAUACGCUGUUUCCCAUCUUGGUAGUAAGUACAAUAGUUUAGACUUGAGAAUAGGUUUAGAGGAAAGAAGUAGCAUGGCAAGCAGUCCAAUAUCAAGCAUAUCCGCAGAUUCUUUCUAUGCAGAUAUUGAUCACCAUACUCCACGAAAUUAUGUCCUAAUUGACGACAUUGGAGAGAUCACCAAAGGAACAGCGGCGUUAAGCACCGCAUUUAGCCUUCAUGAAAAGGAUCUGUCAAAAACAGACCGUCUCCUUCGAACCACUGAGACACGCCGGUCUCAAGAAGUGACAGAUUUCCUAGCACCUUUACAGUCUUCCUCUAGAUUGCAUAGUUAUGUGAAGGCAGAGGAAGACCCAAUGGAGGAUCCUUAUGAGUUAAAGCUUCUGAAACAUCAGAUUAAACAGGAAUUUCGUCGAGGGACAGAGAGCUUAGAUCACCUCGCUGGUCUUUCUCAUUAUUACCAUGCUGAUACUAGCUAUAGACAUUUUCCAAAAUCUGAGAAGUAUAGCAUCAGUAGACUCACACUUGAAAAGCAAGCAGCAAAACAACUGCCAGCAGCCAUACUUUAUCAAAAGCAGUCAAAGCAUAAGAAAUCACUAAUUGACCCUAAAAUGUCAAAAUUUUCACCUAUUCAAGAAAGUAGAGACCUUGAACCUGACUAUUCAAGCUAUAUGACUUCUAGCACUUCAUCUAUUGGUGGCAUUUCCUCUAGGGCAAGGCUUCUUCAAGAUGACAUCACUUUUGGCCUCAGAAAAAAUAUUACAGACCAACAGAAAUUUAUGGGAUCCUCUCUUGGCACAGGACUAGGCACAUUAGGAAAUACCAUACGCUCAGCUUUGCAGGAUGAAGCAGAUAAGCCAUACAGUAGUGGCAGCAGGUCCAGACCCUCCUCCAGACCUUCCUCUGUCUAUGGGCUUGAUUUAUCAAUUAAAAGGGAUUCUUCUAGCUCUUCCCUAAGACUGAAAGCUCAAGAGGCUGAAGCUCUAGAUGUUUCAUUUAGUCACGCAUCAUCCUCUGCCAGAACUAAGCCGACCAGUUUGCCAAUUAGUCAAAGUAGAGGAAGAAUACCAAUUGUGGCCCAGAAUUCUGAAGAAGAAAGCCCACUCAGUCCUGUUGGCCAGCCAAUGGGAAUGGCCAGGGCUGCAGCUGGACCCCUGCCACCAAUAUCUGCAGACACCAGGGAUCAGUUUGGAUCAAGCCACUCAUUGCCUGAAGUUCAGCAACACAUGAGGGAAGAAUCACGGACUCGAGGCUAUGACCGUGACAUAGCCUUCAUCAUGGAUGACUUCCAACAUGCCAUGUCAGACAGUGAAGCCUAUCAUCUGCGUCGUGAGGAAACAGAUUGGUUUGAUAAACCCAGGGAGUCUCGUCUGGAAAAUGGACAUUGUCUGGACCGAAAACUGCCAGAAAGAUUGGUCCACUCUAGACCACUCAGCCAGCAUCAAGAACAAAUCAUACAGAUGAACGGGAAAACUAUGCACUACAUCUUUCCUCACGCAAGGAUAAAAAUAACAAGAGACUCAAAGGAUCACACAGUUUCAGAAGACCAAAAGAAAGCAAAGCUGUCACCCUCAGGACAAGUGUGUUCUACCCUAACUGCUGGAACUAAACAGAUCCUACAAAGUAAUGGAUUAGGAAUUAGAAUUGUGGGUGGUAAAGAAAUCCCUGGACAUAGUGGAGAAAUUGGAGCCUACAUUGCCAAGAUUCUUCCUGGGGGAAGUGCAGAACAGACAGGGAAACUUAUGGAAGGGAUGCAAGUAUUGGAAUGGAAUGGAAUUCCCUUGACUUCUAAAACAUAUGAAGAAGUUCAGAGUAUCAUUAGUCAGCAAAGUGGGGAAGCAGAAAUAUGUGUAAGACUGGACCUCAAUAUGCUAUCAGAUUCUGAAAAUUCCCAGCAUCUGGAACUUCAUGAGCCACCAAAAGCUGUGGAUAAGGCGAAAUCCCCAGGGGUUGAUCCUAAGCAGUUGGCAGCAGAACUCCAGAAGGUUUCACUACAGCAGUCACCGCUGGUUCUGUCAUCAGUUGUUGAAAAAGGAUCUCAUGUUCAUUCAGGUCCUACAUCAGCAGGAUCCAGUUCCGUUCCCAGCCCUGGGCAACCAGGGUCCCCUUCAGUGAGCAAAAAGAAGCACAGCAGCAGCAAGCCUACUGAUGCAACAAAGGUUGUCUCUCAUCCAAUUACGGGAGAAAUUCAGCUUCAAAUUAACUAUGAUCUUGGAAAUCUCAUAAUACAUAUUCUCCAAGCAAGAAAUCUUGUUCCUCGAGACAACAAUGGUUAUUCUGACCCUUUUGUGAAAGUGUACCUUCUUCCAGGGAGAGGUCAAGUCAUGGUUGUCCAGAAUGCAAGUGCUGAGUACAAAAGAAGGACUAAAUAUGUCCAGAAAAGUCUUAAUCCUGAGUGGAAUCAAACAGUAAUUUAUAAAAGUAUUUCCAUGGAACAGCUCAAGAAGAAAACACUGGAGGUGACAGUUUGGGAUUAUGAUAGAUUUUCAUCCAACGACUUCCUUGGGGAGGUAUUGAUUGAUUUAUCUAGCACAUCUCACCUCGAUAACACUCCAAGGUGGUAUCCUCUCAAAGAACAGACUGAAAGCAUUGAUCAUGGCAAGUCGCAUUCCAGUCAGAGCAGCCAGCAGUCCCCAAAGCCAUCUGUUAUCAAAAGCAGAAGCCAUGGUAUCUUCCCUGACCCAUCAAAGGACAUGCAGGUUCCCACCAUUGAGAAAUCCCAUAGUAGUCCUGGUAGCUCAAAAUCAUCAUCAGAAGGCCAUCUCCGUUCUCAUGGACCAUCUCGCAGUCAAAGCAAAACCAGCGUCACUCAGACCCACCUGGAAGAUGCAGGGGCUGCCAUAGCUGCUGCCGAAGCUGCCGUGCAACAACUCCGCAUUCAACCAACAGCACAUAAAAGCGGUCAGUCUAAUCAUGCCAGGAAGCAGCACAGACACAGCAUAGCAGGAGUCCUCCCAAUUCAAAGAACUCAGUCUGAUAAUCUGCCUCCACCAGCCAAUGGCAACCAAGACCAAAGCCAGCUAGCCCUCAGGAAGGUGAUGUCUGAUGGACCAGUCAAGCCAGAAGGAGCAAAGCCUCCCAAUCACCGGCCUGCAGAAAGCUCUGUGUCCACCGGCUCCUCGGGCAGCAGCUUUGGCAGUGGGUAUAGCGUGGACAGUGAAGGAAGCAGCAGCACUGCAGGGGAGACUAAUCUAUUUCCUAUUCCGAGGAUAGGGAAGAUGGGACAGAAUGGACAAGAGCCUGUAAAACAGCCAGGGGUAGGAGUAGGACUAGCAGACACUGAAGCUAAAACUCAGGUAAUGGGAGAAAUAAAGAUUGCACUGAAGAAGGAAAUGAAGACAGAUGGUGAACAACUAAUAGUUGAAAUUCUCCAAUGCAGAAAUAUUACAUACAAAUUUAAGUCUCCUGAUCAUCUACCAGAUUUAUAUGUGAAAAUAUAUGUGAUGAAUAUUUCUACCCAAAAAAAGGUGAUCAAGAAAAAAACAAGAGUAUGCAGACAUGAUCGAGAGCCUUCAUUCAAUGAAACUUUUCGAUUCAGUCUAAGUCCUGCAGGACAUUCUCUUCAGAUUUUACUUUUCUCCAAUGGAGGGAAGUUUAUGAAAAAGACCUUAAUUGGUGAAGCCUGUAUCUGGCUUGACAAAGUGGAUCUCAGAAAAAGAAUAGUCAAUUGGCACAAACUUUUGGUCAGUCCUACUCAAACGCAUUGAAGAAACACGUCUUCUCAGGGUAUAGAAACUGCUCUAAAUAGCCUCACAUCAAGACUACAGUUGGAAACUAAGCUAAGUUUUGAGAGGCAAAUGUAAGAAUGGGAACAACAGGCAAAAACAUGCUUAAUACCUUGUACAUUUAUUGUUGUGUAUGUAUCACACAAAGAUAUUCGAUUGAAAAAGUUCACAUAUUGAAAAUAAAAAGGAAUGGAGUUCUGAGACCUUGAAUUUCCCAUGGCUGUGAAGAGAAACUGUGAAACAAAUUUUGAUUACUUAAGGCAAAAAUCUUUGAGCAGAGUUGAGCUAUACCUUAAGACAGAGGCUCAAAGAUUAAUGUGGUUUCCAUGUAGCACAAAGGUAAUUCUUUAUGCAAAGAAGCCUUGGUUGAAAGGAAAGAACUGAUGUAACAAAUCUCAGUUUUCAAAACUUCAAAAAUCUUCCUUCAUCAUCUUCUAUUCAGACAACCAGAUGCUUUCAGAUUCGGACAUAAGAUAUACCUACAAUAUGUGUCCAGGACUGGAAGUGAGGUGGCUAUGUUCUUAGGGAAAAUGGAAUAGGAGAUGUACAAAUUAUGCCUUUUAGGCCGUAUCUUACCAGUUUUCUGUGUGUCUAAAUGUUACAAGGGUAUACAACACUGACUUUGGAAUCCAUGUGGUAAAAGCACAUUUGUUUCAGUGUAACUUGAAAUAAUGUAGAGUGAAGAUAAUACUAGGUAAAAAUAAAAUUGAAUUUAUCUAGAAAUAAAACUGUGACUGGCUAACAAAGAAGAAUGUUGUCCCAUAAAAUAUUGGAAUUUUGUUUGAAACCAUCAAAAUCUUCAUAAUUUACCAUUAAGCCAAGACAUCUUCAAUCUAUGUACCAAAGGACCUAGAGUAAACUGAUAUGUUCUAGGAAGCAUGAUAACUUACUCUUUGUGAAACUGCAAAUAAAUGUAUUAUCCUGCACAUUUCCUUUCUCUUGCGUGAUGCAUUGACAGAGAAAGAAAAUUCUUUCUCUGGCAAACGAACUAUAUUAAUCUUGUGAUACUGAUUAAUUAAAUGGAUAUCAUUUCCUCAUUUCAUAAUAUUUUACCCUUUCUUUUCCUUAAUGAGUUAAUUCAUUUACUGAUUGUAUCAUGAAAACAUGACACUAAAUGAGUUCUUUCUAGUGCUCUAUUUUCUUACUUUAGUGACAAUAUCACAGUGAUCAAGUUCAUCAAUGUUGGGAAAAUAUGUGAAAAGUCAACACUUACUGGAGAUUAAAAUAUACUUUGAGCUAUUUUAAUAAUAAUGAAUAAAACAACUAAUGUCCAAGUCUUAAAAUCAAGCACCCUCUUCUCUAUUAGCAUUAUUAAUUAAGGAAGUAACGUGAAAGUUGUGGAAAACACACUCAGCAGGGAAUAAAAGCCUGUCUUCUGGUCUUAGUUCUGCCACUGACUAUGUCACCUUGCACAUGUCACUUAAACUCACUUUACCCCAGUUUUCUUAUCUGUAGGAUAAAAAUAAUUAUAUAUCCUUAACCUUCCAAAUGAGAUGUUGUGAUGAUAAAUCAAUGAUCCAUGAGAGAUGAAAGCACAUUUCCAAAUAUAGUUUUAUACACAGAAGUGAGGAAUAAUUAUUACAUAGCUUUUUAAUUCUCAAAUUUUAUAUGUGGAAACCAUCAUCUAAACCAAUGGCAAGGAUUGACAUGGAUAAAAGCAGUAAAUUAGCUGCAAAACUUAUUUUUUAUUUAAAAUAUAAACUUUAACCUGAAUAAACGUGAAGAAUUACAUGAAAAAGAUUUGCAAAUUUUGUUAUCCUCAAUUAAAUGAAUAAUGCUGGUCUUACCCAAUUCCUACAUUCUACCCAAAAUAAAUAAAUCAAAUUGCUUCUUAGAGCAUUCUGAACUUAAAACUUUCUGCUUUAUUUAAUGGUGAAGUGUUAGUGGGAUUAGAGAAACCCAUCUCUAGAUAUUGGUUGGAUAUUGAAUUUUCUCAUUUUUAAAGAAAUCAGUUUUUUUUAUAUAUAUAAAUUCACUCAGAAUAUAAAUUCACUCUUCUGCAAACUGAGAAAGAUAACCAUAACUUUUCUUCCCUCUAUUUUUUAAUCCCCCUCCACUGACAGUACAAUGUCAUUUACCAUUGGCAUUGCUCUAAAAUGAGCAUGGGAGAGUGGAAUCAUCAAAAACAUUAUAUUGCUAGUAUUUUAUUUUUAGAAACUAUUAGAUCUGCUGAUGGUUGCCAUGGAUAUUUCCAGCGGAAACUAGCACUUGAAGAAGCCUAUAAUCAUCACUCAUAAUUGGGGAAGAAAAGGUCCAAGAAGAUCUCCUUCUGACAUAAAAAGGCUCUGAUAUUUGCCCUUAAAAGAAAACCCUGACUCAUCCCUGAUCCUCUUUUGCAGCCACUCAUAUCCAGAGGUAUGCAUGAGAGUUUGUAUAACCAGUUAGUUUUCUUCAUUCCAGUUGCAAUUUCUUUUAGAACAAUAUAAAUGGAGGGAUCACCAAAACAAAGAUUAUCUCUUUGGUAGCUAUUUAACCUGAAAGAGUAGGAGUCCUUCCAUUAUAGAAGCCCCUCCGUUCCAAGGAACUAGUGAUGGGGCUAGGUCAAUCAGCAGAGCUGACAACAGGGCUUCUUUUUGUGCACCAGCAUUCCCCUUCAGAGAGCAUAAGAUCCUGCCAGUGUGCCAAGUUUGAAGCUGACCAAACUUCUAGGUUGUACUGGAAUUAUUCUAUGCAACACUGAUCCUUAUAUGAAUGCGUUUCUUCUGAAUGAUGUCGAUUACCCUUCUUACAACAAAACUGUUUCUUUUUUAUUGCAAAUAGGGCUCUUGGUGUUUUUUACUUUUUUGUACAUAUCACAGUACAUGGUUUUUCACUCUUUAGUUUAUUUCAUUUUAUUGGAACUAACUUUUUUUUAUUCUAAUACUGACAGAGUUUGUAAUCUCUAUAUAAUACGUAAUUACUCCAAUUACAGCACUUUUACCUUGAAGAGCAUCUCAAUUUUUCCCACAAUUUCAUUGAGUCAUCAGAGACUGAUGUUGCUUCUUGGUUUAAAAAUUGGUCCUAAGGAAACUUUCAGCUGUAGAAACAAAAGCACAGAGUGAAUUUUUACAAAAGACAGGGAAGAUAGAAUAGUCAUUACAGACACAAAUAACCCUAGUAGCAAGAAGUUGGUGUUUUCCCUGUUUUUACUUAAGAUUAAGGAGAUUUUUGGUGACUCUGAACCCUUUAUUUAUAUUUCAGUUUAAAAUAUCAAGACUAAGGGGCAUCAAUUGUCUUUAUUCCUUAAUAUUGCCCAUAUUUUAACAAAUUACACUAAUUAAAUGCAUAUUUUCAGCAUACCAGUGGAAUUAAUUUUGUGGAUCACACACAUUUAAAUAGUCAUAUUGUGGGAAUAUUAUAGCUGGUAACCAGCUGAUAUUGAUUCUUAUUAUAGGAAUGACUGUAAUGAUAGUGGUGGUAGCAGUAGUGAUAUUAGCGGUGGUGGUGAUGUGAAGUAAAAUAAAAUUAUAUAUUAUAUUGUGCCCAAUUUAUUAGAAAUUAUUUGAUCAAUGCUUCAUUUCAUCAAAAUAUCAUAAAGAUGUUUAUAGUAUUUUUUUACUUUAUUAUUUAAAUCAUAACAAUAUUUUUAAAAACUUAUUUUCAUUGCUACAAUGUCAAAUAUUCCAAAAUCAGCCAACUACAGCUAUAUAUGUGUUAUGUGUGAUAGAAGUGAUCUUCCUUCCCUCUUUUUGAGCUUGAAAUGAAAGUGAAAGAAGACUCAAUGAAUAAUUAUGAGCUAUUUAUUUAAUAAUUACUUACCUUGGGUAUAGUACAAUAAUGAAUGAGUGAAACAAAUAUUCUCAUUGAAUAUGAUACAGUGCUGUUUUCUGUAUGUUUCAUGUUCUAUUAUUAAAGGUAUCCAUUAAGCCAAAAUUAUUUAAUCAAAUUCUUUAUCUGAUAGGUAGAUUGAGAGCAUUUUCUUAAUUCAUUACCUUGUACAUAAGUAUACAUUUGGUAAAGUAGACCAAGUUGAAAUGUUCAUUUCAUUUGGCAUUCAGCAUGUGAAUAUGAUUAUUGUUUGAUUGUGUCUGUAUAUUUGUUAGGUGACGUGCUCAGGUGCUCCCACUACUGAUUAAUGUGUGUGCUAAUAUCCUAACAACACAUAUGAGGUUUAAGAAAAAAUUUUCUUGUCUGAAAACAUAAACACCUUAAUAAAACUGAUUUUGAAAUAAAAACUAAAGUACUUGAAGAUAUGUCUUGUUUCUGACUAUAUGUUGCAUGCCAUGUUGGUGAUUUGCUAAUGUGUUUUUUUGUUUGUUUUACCCAAAUCCCUUUGGAAAAUCUAAUAGACAAAUGCAAAUUCUUGGACUAAGGACUGUAUAAAUUGACCUGAAAAUAACAUGAGAGUUGUAUUUAAAAAAAAAAAAAUGCUUGUAAAUCCAUCUUGAGUUUUACUCUAUGUAAAAAUAUGUCUUGGUUUUGUGAUUGUAUACAAGAUGUAUCUUGAUAACUUAUGUAAAUUGUGCCGUAUAAAGGCUGUUGCCUCAGCCUUACUAAUAAAUAUUGAAAAUAUCA